CAGGCAGAGGAUGCUUCAGCCCGUUAUUCCUCAGUAUCCAGUCUCUCUCAGAGUUGGAUCUCUCAGUGUUUUUAUCGAGAAAGUGAAGGAAAACUCCAAGUGAUAUACUACAUACAUUUAUUUUUUUGUAAAAAACGAAAUUGUACUUAAUGACGAAUGGAAUUUCGUGGGAUCAAGGCGAGCAGAGACUGUGCAAUCUCUGUCGCUGAGUGAGUAUCUAUCUCACUGUUUCUGAUUGUGCUGCUACGGAAAUGCUUGGAACUGCUGCAUGAAUGGUCGUGGGUAACACCGGGGAUUGCGGUAGGCUACAUUGCGAAGCUAUCCCCUGACGAACAGACAAUGUGCCCACUCAAGCCUGGCGCAGAACGUAUCCGAUGAAUGAUUCCUGGUUUAAUUUGCCUGGUGGUUUGUAACGAAGAUCAAUGGAGAGACCUGCGCGUCCGUGCGCCCUGGUACCUUUUUUACACUAAUGUUGUGUUAAUUUGGGUUACAUGUCGCUACUGAAAUUCCCAACUCCAAGGCUCAUACAACGUUGAUGCUGGAUAAUUCAGCAACAUUGUUGUAAAAAUGCUGAACAGCGUUUUGUUGCUCAGCGUUUUAACUGUGACCAGUUUCGCAUCGAAGACAGACAGCCGCAAAACAUCGAAAGAAAUUUGUAAGAACCGCUGCUCCUGUGAGGAAAAGGAGAAUAUAUUGAGCAUUAACUGCGAAAACAAAGGGUUUACAACGGUGAGUCUAUUUCAGCCUCCACCGAACAAAAUCUGCCAACUCUUUCUCAAUGGAAACUUUUUUUCGCGACUUAAUCCGAACGAGUUUAUCAAUUAUGGUAAUGUCACAUCCCUUCACCUGGGAAACAACGGGUUACAGGAGAUACAGACUGGAGCUUUUACUGGACUGAGGUUUUUAAAACGACUUCAUCUCAACAACAAUAACUUGGAGAUAAUCAAGGAAGUCACCUUUGCUGGUUUAGAGAGUUUGGAAUAUUUACAGGCAGAUUAUAAUUACAUCAGCGCCAUUGAAGCAGGUGCAUUCGGCAAAUUAAAUAAACUAAAAGUGCUGAUUCUCAACGACAACCUCAUGCUGUCUCUUCCCAACAAUGUAUUUCGUUUCGUUAUGUUAACGCAUUUGGAUCUAAGGGGAAACCGGCUUAAAAUGCUGCCUUUUGCUGGUGUGCUGGAGCACAUAGGCGGCAUUAUGGAGAUCCAACUGGAGGAGAACCCGUGGAAUUGCACCUGUGAUCUGAUACCCUUAAAAGCCUGGCUGGACACCAUCUCGGUCUUUGUAGGGGACAUCGUGUGCGAGACCCCCUUUAGACUGCAUGGAAAGGACAUUACGCAAUUGAUUAGGCAAGAUCUAUGCCCCCGACGUAAUGCUGGUGAUUCUAAUCACCGCGCAAUGCAGCCCCCUUCUGAUUCCCAAUACGACCGCCCCUCUCCCACCCUACUACACCCCGGUGUCACUCCAACAAAAGCCCCACGGGCCUCCCGUCCCCCUAAAAUGAGAAAUCGCCCUACACAACGGGUAACGUCUGGUAAGGACAAACAAGUGCUGGGGCCUAUAAUGGUUUAUCAGACUAGGUCCCCUGUUCCCAUGACCUGCCCUAGUAUAUGCGUCUGUACCUCCCAGAACGCAGACACUGGAUUAAAUAUCAACUGCCAGGAGAGGAAAUUGCAUAAUAUAACAGAGCUUACCCCUAAACCCUCCUAUCCAAAGAAAUUGCAUUUAACAGGGAAUUACUUACAUACCAUAUAUAGAACAGACCUAACCGAAUACAGCACACUCGAGCUCCUCCAUUUAGGAAAUAAUAGGAUAGCUGUUAUUCAGGACGGGGCCUUUGACAACCUGGCUAAUCUACGGAGACUUUACCUCAAUGGCAAUUACAUUGAAAGUCUAUCCCAAUCAUUAUUCGUAGGGCUGCAGAGCCUUCAAUAUUUAUACCUGGAGUACAAUGUCAUCAAGGACAUUUUACCACAGACGUUUAACUCAUUACAGAAUCUGCAGCUGCUGUUCCUAAACAACAAUCUACUAAGAUCCCUUCCCGACAAUAUAUUUUGGGGGACUAUGCUAACAAGACUGAACCUGAGGAACAAUCACUUCUCCCACCUGCCGGUGCGCGGUGUGCUCGACCAGCUCUCCGCAUUCAUUCAGAUCGAUCUGCAGGAGAACCCAUGGGAUUGCACAUGCGACAUCGUCGCCCUUAAAAACUGGAUGGAGCUGUCCAGCACCAGUGUCGUGGUAAAUGAAAUCACCUGUGAUUCGCCCUCCAAACACGCAGGGCGGCUGCUCAGAUCUCUGCGUAAUGACGCAAUUUGUCCCGAGCCUAACGAGGUCACAGUAGGACUAACCAAGGCCCCCACGGUCAGUCCCAGCACCGACUCCACUCCCCCGCUUGCCAUCACGUCAACAGAAGAGCAGAUACCCGAGAUGCACGCGGAGGUGCCCCUGUCUGUUCUCAUACUGGGACUGCUCGUGGUGUUCAUUCUGUCUGUCUGCUUCGGGGCUGGUCUUUUCGUAUUCGUCCUCAAACGACGCAAAGGAAUUGAUAGCGUCCCCGCCAGUGCCAAUCAUUUAGAUAUAAACUCUUUCCACGUACAGUAUGGUUCAUAUAGCUCAGAGCCCACUGCAGAUAAAACAGAGACACAUGUGUAUAACUACAUCCCUCCCCCCGCUAGCCAGAUGUGUCAGAACCCCAUCUACAUGCAGAAAGAUAGCGAGCAGGUGGCGUACUAUAGGAAUCUAAAAGAGCUAACUUUCAGCACCAUGGACCCGAAAAAGUUGGAGUUGCCCCCAAGCCCAUAUACCAUAAGCACAGUGGAACUCAAUGAGAAACAAUCUUGUGGCAAUCGACAGCCGGAGCUGCUUUAUCAAAACAUUGCAGAGAGAGUUAAGGAGCUUCCGACGGCUGGCGAUCAGAAUUACAGUUUCUGCACUUUACCGAAAAGACAAUUCAUUCCUCCAUUUGAAACUACUAGACGACACAAACAGGACAGGUUGAAUAAAACUGUUCUCUAUGGGACUCCACGAAAGUAUUAUGCUGAACAAUCAAAAAAUGAACACCCUUUACUGCCUGGGAAGCUAAAAACAGAACCAGACUACCUCGAAGUUCUGGAAAAACAUACUGCAAUGAGUCAGUUGUAAGAUAUGGCCCUACUUACUAUCAUCACACGUAUUACAUCGGUAUGUAUCUAUGUAUUCCACAAAUUGACGAGUCCAACUCAAACAAAGCAACCUAAGCCGUUUUAUCUUUUUUUUUUUUUUCCAUCUGUAUUGAGUCAACGUAGCCCUUUAUGCAGACAGUUAUAUUAUAUUACUGGAGGUUUAACAUAUUUAUUAUACUUUAAAUAUAAAGACUGUAGCAGGUACCGCAAGAACUAUGUAUAAUACGGCUGUGUGCAUUUUAUAUAAUAUAUUUUAUUGUCUCUGUGGAAACAAAUAUCAUUUUUAGAUGAAUAAUUGAGAAAUGACAUUCCUGUAUAUAAUAAUGGGUGUGAAACACAUGUAAAGGUUCCGUCCACAUGACGAUCCAUUUAUUCCAUAAGUGCCUUUGCACUCCGAGUAUUUUAUCUUUGCUUUCUGCAAAUGGAAAUUUGCUGUAUUUUAAGAAUCUUUAUGUACAAUUUAAUUAUUUGUCCAUUACAUUAAACAUAAUUGAAGAGGGUAUGUAUGGUAAAUGUUUUGAAUAUCUAAGUGUCUUUCAAGAUGUACAAUUUAGCGAAUUGCAUAAGAUUGUAUGCUAUAGAUGAGCAAUACAAGUGCCAGAAGAGCAAUUACAUUUUCACCGAAGCACUUUGUCAAGUCUGAAUUUGAGGUGAGCAUUAUUAAGAUUAUAACUGUCUGGGUGCUUUGGGGGCGGUAACAUCUCUCUCUUUGAUGGAAUCCAUAGACCAAUGUGUAUUGAUGAGGAAUUUGAUGAGUACUUUUGGCACGAAUGACGAAUUUAUCGACCAAGGGCCCUCACAGGAAUACCAUUAAUUUCACACUUAUUAUUUUCUACCCAAAAGUUAGAGAGAAGCAGUGUCCACUAAAAGUGUAGUUUAUUUAUCUCAAUAUUCUGAUUUAAGGGUGAUAAAAACUACAGCUCUCCAGGAGCUUACUUGAAAGGCACAAAUUAUGAUUAGUUCUCAAAGCUCCUCAUACACAACAUGUCUUGUUUCUAAUGGUUUUAAGGAGACAAGUUUAUAUUCUGCCCUUCAGGUGACAUUUGCUUUGAGGUCUGCUGUAAACCUAUCCCUUCUUCAAGCCCAGAUUGUUCUGCUGUUUUUUCUCUCACUUUGUUUCCUGGCUGCUUCAAGUAGCUACUAUUGUGUCACUGUCCAUGUUGCAGAUAUUUUUCAGCUUGUGCAUUUUCAAUGGAUUCUACAGUGUGGGGACUUUUCACUUGAUUUGUUGGAUUUCACAUUGACUUUGUAAAGAGUGCACAGUGUUGUUGUUGUUUUUUUUUAUCACAGGUUGUUAAUCACAUUGGUCAAAUAGAUUAAUGAAAUAAGCGUCUACAGAGAACCAACACAAAUUGGGAAUUGAAGUUAGCAAUAACUGGCCUUCUGAUUUGAUUGAAUCAUGGAUUUUAUGCUUAAACAUUUUCAAUACAGAA